AUGUAUAUAGUUCUAUUCUCAUUUUUCAUUUAUCCGUGUAUUUGUGAUCCAAUUGUGAGAACAAGUUAUGGCGCACUGAAAGGUUUGACAAUUCAACAAGAGGGUGGAAAUCAUUAUCAUACUUUCAAAAGUGUACCAUUUAUGAAGCCGCCGUUAGAUGAUUUACGAUUUGAACUUCCACAAAAACCAGAUCCUUGGAAACAUAUUAGAGAUGCCUCAAAUUAUAGGUUAGUUGUUCACAAAAAAAAUGAACCUUAUCUUUUUUAUUCAGCCCAGCUUGUUUGACUUCAACUGAUCGUCUCGAGAAAAUUCCUCAAAAUAUGAGUGAGGACUGUUUGUAUCUCAAUAUUUUCACAUCCGAAAAAUGUUUGAGAACUUCGGAUUGCAAUGUUAUAAUCUAUUAUCAUGGAGGUGGUGUAAGUUUGGAUUCAGCUAUUAUGUUUUCCGAUGAAUUUAUUCUAGAACGAUAUGUGAAACAAGGUAAGAUUCAGUUGAUUUUUAAGUAUGUCAUCUUUGGAUAAAACUUGAUGGUUUUCUUUUAGACAUUCAUUCUUUGAUGAUGAAAAAAAUGUCUUUUCUAUUUAUCAAGAAAUCAACGACGUCUUUUUUUGUAUAACUGAAUAAUUUCACUUUUAUCUCAAAUAAAACAUUUCAGAUAUUGUAUUUGCAAUUCCUGCUUAUCGUUUGGGAAUAUUUGGAUUGUAUAAUUUUGGAGACGAAAAGAUCACACAUCAAAAUCUUGCAUUUCAUGGUUUUGUUUCCGUUUGUUUUUAUAUGGUCAAAAAUAUUGAUUUUCAGACUGUCUCAUGUCGCUACAUUUUAUACAUAAUGAAGUUUUGAAUUUUGGAGGUGAUCCUGCAAAAGUGACAAUAAUGGGACAUUCUGCUGGAGCGAAUAUUGUUUCAACAAUGGCACUUAGCCGGUGAAUUAUUCUUCAAAAUCAAAUAAGAAAUUUUAUUUUUCAGUUCAGUAGAUCCUGAUCGCAAACUUUUCAAACGAGUGAUAGCUAUGAGUAUGGUACCAUAUUUUGAUAUCCCAGAAUUGUUUUAUUAUAAUGUUCAUGAAAUUACAAGGAGAAAUGGAGUUGGGUUUUUUAAAUUAAGAAAUAAUAUUUAUUUUAAUUUUUUGCAGUGUGAUAAUUCUACGAACCUUGCUUUCAAACUUAAUUGUAUGAAACGAAAAGGCUAUCAUGACUUGCUUAUGAGUCAGAGGGAAAUGGAAAACGAGGGAUUGAGAUUUUGGAAUUUUUUGAAUGGUCCACCGUUUAUGGAGAAGAAUGGGAAUAUAUCAAAACUAAUCGAGAACGCAGUACCUCGAGAAAUUAUCUUUGGAUGUACAAAAAAAGAAUGGGGUUAUAAAAGUCAUACUAAUAUCAAUCCAUCUGCAGCUGGGAACUUUAUGAGUUUUGAAAAUCUAUUGGAAGUUGCUGAAUAUUUCGAUGAUCUUCAAGCUCAAAAUAAUUCUACAAUGUUUUCUAUAGAAUCUCAAACUACAUUUGUUAGCAUAGCUUCAUAUGGAAAAGCGAUAGUCGAAAACGGAGGAAAAGUCUUCAUUUUUCAAACAGAGUGAAUUGAAAAAUCCGUCCAUUUCUUUCUAGAAAUUUAUCAAUUUUUUUUUCAGUCAAGAACCAGGUUCUAAUCAUGUUUCCGAUAUGCAAUAUUUUAUUGGUUUUCAUCGUGAAAAAAAUCAUACCUCUGAUAUGGAUAUUGUGGACUCUUUUUACAGCCAAAUGAUGGUCAAUUUUACCAAAUAUGGAAAUCCAUCACCCGGUUAGUUUUUCAUGGUGAAUGAAAAUUCUCAAAUUCACUGAAAUUACAGUUUGGGAGCCAUUGAAUAUCUCAAGAAUGAAUUAUUAUUCUGUUCAAGUCGAUACUGAAAAUGAUAUUUGGCCAAGUAUGAAAGAAAAUUUUCAUGAAAACGAAUAUAAAUUGUGGAUGUAUAAUAUAACAGCUUUUGACAAAUAUGUCAGUGAACAGGUAAUAUUUCAACUAAGUUCCGUUCUAACAUAAUUCGGUUAUUUCAGAAAUCCCACCGUCUAGAAUUUUCACUGAAAGAAAACUUUGAAAUUCCUACUGGAAAAACUCCAGUCACAUCUAUUGUAUUUUUAUCGGUUUGUGGUUUGGCCUUUUCAGUUUAUGUUGUAUUUUUUAUUGUGAAAAAACAGUCCAGAAAUGAUUACAUUUUGCUGCAAUGA